GUCAUACUUCGGCUGUUUUCGUUUUACAAAUAGUGCAUUAUAAGCUGUCUGCUCGGAUAUUUUACAGAAAGAGACAUAGUGUUGUUGUACCAGCCCACCCCGCCAUCAGUGAUGAUGAGGACUCAGAGGUGGAAGACGAUGACGUGGCAGACCCCGACUUCAUCCCACUCACCCACAACCUGGACACUCCAGGGCCAAGUGACAUGGGUCUCUCUGCCAAAAGGAAGUGUGCACAGCCUGCAGUGGAGAUGCUUGAGGAUGAGGACGACAAUUCCGACGAGGAUGAGGAUGAAGACGAAGACCAGCUAGACCUGAUUGCCACUCCAUUUACGUAUUUCAGCAGGUACUUCAGCCCUCAAGUUAUCGAGCACAUAACGUACCAGACCAACUUAUAUGCAACCCAGAUGGACGUAAACACAACCUUCACCACCACUGAAGACGAGGUGAUGAAAUUUGUGGCUAUCCUAAUCUACAUGGGGAUUUCUGAGCCCCCCUCCGUUGAUGACUACUGGGCAAUGGACACCAGGAUCCCUCAAGUUGCGAAUGUCAUGUCAUCCAAGAGGUUCAAGCAGAUGAAGAGGUUUGUUCACUUCAAUGACAACACUCAGAUCCCUGGCACCAUCGACCGAUUCUUCAAGAUCCGGCCACUGUUCAACUUCCUGAAUACUGCCUUCAGGAAUGAGCCACAGACGCCCAAGCAGUCAGUGGAUGAAGUCAUGAUUGCUUACAAAGGCAAAACAGCUGGCAACCUGAGGCAGUACAUCAAGAGCAAACCGGACAAAUGGGGAUUCAAGUUGUUUGCUAGGGCUCCUGAGGAUGGCUUCAUUCAUGACAUGGUGCUAUACCAGGGGAAGACGACGCUCGAGGCCCAUGGUGUCCCUCUGACACUUAAACAAAAUGCCAUGGGUGCCAGAUAG